CACUGGCUGCUUGACCCAGCUGUUUCUUCUUUCUCUCUUUGGUGCAGUUUCUUUCUUUUCCCCUUGGCCGUGCUGGUUUCCUCCCUCCAGCAGACCAGCCACCUGGAUGCCAGCACUGUGGGAUUUGAAUGCAACAUCUAACCUCAAGAAUGCAUCUAAGGGAAAUGAGGAGGCUGAAGAGGAAUGGGGGCCCCAGCAAUACCAUCAGAUUCGAAGUGAUGCCAUCAUACAACUGAAAGAAAGAGGGGAGCAUCCUUACCCACACAAAUUCCUUACAAACAUUACACUUUGUGAAUUCAUUGACAAGUUCAGUCACCUGAAAGAAGGGGAGCAUUUUCCAGACAAACGAGUCUCUUUGGCAGGACGAAUUCAUGCCAAGAGAUCUGCUGGUGCAAAGCUGUUUUUCUACGAUCUCCGGGGAAAUGGAAUUAAAUUACAAGUUAUGGCAAAUGCUAAAUUUUUCAAGUCCGAGGAGCUUUUCACUAAAACUAUAGAUAAGCUGCGACGAGGAGACAUCAUUGGAAUUGAAGGAUAUCCAGGGAGAACAAAGCAUGGAGAACUGAGCAUCAUAUCAUCUGACAUAACUCUUCUGUCACCAUGCCUGCAUAUGUUGCCUCAUCUUCAUUAUGGACUUAAAGAUCAGGAAACCAGAUAUCGUCAGCGUUAUCUGGAUUUGAUUAUGAAUGAGCAUGUGAGACAGAAAUUUAUUACAAGGGCCAAAAUCAUCACGUAUCUACGAACCUUCCUGGAUAAUCGUGGAUUUCUUGAGGUGGAGACUCCCAUGAUGAACAUGAUACCUGGUGGUGCUGCAGCCAAACCCUUUAUUACUCAUCACAAUGAGCUCAACCUGGACCUAUACAUGAGGAUAGCUCCUGAACUAUACCUGAAGAUGCUAGUAGUUGGAGGUCUGGAGAGGGUAUAUGAAGUUGGACGCCAGUUCAGAAAUGAAGGAAUCGAUCAAACCCACAAUCCAGAAUUUACGACCUGUGAGUUCUACAUGGCUUAUGCAGAUCACAAUGACCUCAUGGACAUCACUGAACAGCUGCUGUCAGGCAUGGUAAAGCAUUUGACGGGCGGAUAUAAGAUCACUUACCAUCCAGAUGGCCCUGAGGGAAAAGCAGUAGAAAUUGACUUCACACCUCCUUUUAAACGAGUCAGCAUGAUGGAAGAACUGGAGAAAGUACUUGGAGAAAAGUUGCCAGCACCAGAAAGCCUGGAUACCGAGGAAGCUCGAGAGUUCCUUGAUCAGCUGUGUGUGAAGAACGAAGUCCAGUGUUCUCCUCCAAGGACUACAGCAAGACUUUUAGACAAGUUGGUUGGUGAGUUUAUUGAAGUUUCCUGCAUCAACCCCACAUUCAUUUGUGACCACCCCCAGAUCAUGAGCCCACUGGCUAAAUGGCACCGUUCAGUGAAAGGACUGAGUGAACGUUUUGAACUCUUUGUCCUGAAAAAGGAGAUCUGUAAUGCAUACACUGAGCUCAAUGAUCCAAUGAGGCAGAGAGAGCUCUUUAAAGAGCAGUCUAAGGCUAAAGCCGCAGGUGAUGACGAAGCCAUGAGCAUUGAUGAGAAUUUCUGCACAGCACUGGAAUAUGGCCUCCCUCCUACUGGUGGCUGGGGAAUAGGGAUUGACCGUCUUGCCAUGUUCCUAACAGACUCCAACAACAUUAAGGAAGUGCUGCUCUUUCCAGCAAUGAAACCAGUUGAAAACAGACUUCAGUCAGAAGAGAAAACUGCAGCCUAGAGGCAUGAGAAGAACUAACCUUCUGGCCAGAACUUUUGUAAAAGGAAAAGUACUAAUUAAAAGAAAAUACUUAUUUUCAAGGGAUAGUGCAUAAUCAAGACUACUGAGCUUAAAAUGAAAUGUGCCAGCUGCAUUAUAAGUAUGAGAAGAUUAGUGAUAAUUUUCCUUUGCCAUGCUUAUCUGUUCCAUACUUCUAUUGAUGAUAAAACCCAUGGAGAGCAGGUUUUUAAAAUGUCAGUAUGGUGUCUGCUCAUAAAAAUGGAAUAGAUAGGUAGUAGCAGGGAAGCAUUAUGUGCUAUUCCAAAAGUCUGUACACCCGACAAUUCUUAAUCAAACCAAGUAUCCAUUUGUUUUUAGUUUUUGUUAUUGAUGCUGUUGAAAUCUGUUAGUAUUGACUGAUUUGAAAUCUGGUCUAGUUCUCAUUUCCAAGUAAAGCAGAGUAUUAAGAGUUGGGAAACAUCAACACAGCCCUAGAAAUAGGAUACAGUACUGAAUCAGCUGCUUUCAGGAAACUGACACAGGGUUUAAUAUGGGUCAUGUGCCCUUAUUCUUUAAGCUAACCUUUUCAAGAUUGACAUGGAAGGCCCAUAUUUGUAUCUACAAUAGAAAUAAUUAAAGUUACCAUGUGGUGAUAUGUCAAGUACCAUUAUUUGAAACAGGAGAGCUGCAGAAACAGUUGGCAAAUGUUGACUUUAAUGGGUAUUUGUGAUAAGUAAAAUGUUGGGCUUGUUAGCCCUGACAAGCUUCCUUUUAUCUAAGGAAGGAAACCAGGAAAAAGAAACAGGGCACAUUUAUCCUUUGUAUCACUGGACUGAAGUUGAUGGAUAUAAACCUAGCUUGAUUACUCCUCAUUUAUAAACCUCAAUCUCCCUUCAGCUUUUUUAGUAUAAUCUGACCACCUUUCAUAUAACCUACUAAAGGCCCCAAAUCCUUCUAUAUUUACUAACAUAGUUAACCAGCAUUAUUUUUGGUAUUUAUACCAAGAUCAGUAUACCUGUGAUAUAUGUCUAUUUUCUACUGCUCAUAUGCUAUUAAUAUAAUUAUCAAGGAUGUAGGACUGCUCUGUAUCAAUUUAUGACUGCUGUAUAUUCUACGCGGUUGUCCAAUUGCUAUAAAUGGCAUUUUCUGAGUAUAGAAAGUGAAGUAAAAGGGUGAUCUGCCACUUUACCAGCUAAGGGUCCUGGGACCAAGGAGCUGUAUUCAAUUGGCAGGGCUUACAGGGACAUGGUAGAGUACUCCAUUAUAAAAGGCUGAGAGAGAAACAAUAAGGAACUGCAGGAAGUGACUCUUGCAAUAGAUUUCCAAGUGUGUAUGGGGGGUUGGGCAGGGGUGGGGUGGGGACUAAAGAAAAAGAAGCUGGGAUGGCUGCAAAAAAGAUCUUGGUUGAUGUUUUCCCCUUUUUUUGGUUAAAGAAUGAAACUGCUGCAAAAGGUUAAAUGUGUUUCUCAGGUUGGGAAUCACUUGCAUGCUUUGUGUGUAGUGAGCAAUGUAUGCAGUUGACUGUGACAGGAGAGAAAAAUGGAGUCCAUGAUUGAGGGUGGCACGGGAUUUGAUAGCUAGGUAGGCUUACCUGCUUGAGAAGUUUGAGAGAAAAACAGCAAUAUCUGCUUUGGACCUGAGGCCUAACUGCUUAUGCAGACAACCAAAAUUAUAUAUAGACUGAAUGCUGUGCUUUUGAUUACAAGUGUACUUAAGAUAAUGUGAACUAUAAUCUUUUAUAGCUUAUGUAUGUUACACAUUUUUGCUAAGCUUUGCAGAAGCAAAACACAAACAAACAAAAAUUUAGGCAAACAAUCUCUUUCAGUGUGACCAAGAAGGGUAUGUGGGAUAGGGGAGAGAAUAAAAAAAUGUAUUGGCAUGUGUACACCAGACCAUGUGGGAAGGAAAUUCAAGAUUCUCUCUCUCAAAAGCCACAUUAUCCCGUCGUGACACGUCUUGUCCAAUUGCCGUGUUGCAAGGUACUCUGAAAAAUUAGUUUGGGUUAGUUUGUCAGAGUUGUCACCGCUGCCAAAAAAAUAAAAGAAAAAUUCAGAAAAGAAGAGGUAAAGUUGCUUAAGUUAAAGACAAUAAUAGAAACAGCCUUAGCGAGUGAAGAAUCUAGAGAUGCUGGCGCACAGGAAAAAGAUCAAAAAAAGACCAAAGACAUCUGCAGGCUUCAGCUAGUGGUAUUGUAACAGGUUUUUUUUUUCUGUUGAGGGUAUAACUGAUUUAUUUGUAUUUGUGUGCUGUUGCUAAUA